UUUCUACUCACACAACGCCACGAGUUCCUUAACUGUUUCUGUAUUUCAGCAACUAACACACACACAUUUCAUUCAGCGUGUGUUAUCGGACCCAACAUUUAUGUAAAAAGCGCGUUUAUUGUUUUAGUUACUGUUGAACUGUUCCAGUUAGCUUGUCCAGUCUCCGUUUCCAGGGCAGAGACUGGAGAUACACAGGGGGAUGUCGCGCUGUGAGCUGGAGAAGCUGGACCCGGCUGUCUUCCAGAAGCAGUUACACAAUCUGAAGUUUAGCAUGGAGGAAGAGGGGGAUAGCAAUCUGUGCAUUGAAACUGACUCGGACACAGCAGAGAAGAAGGAAGAUGGUACCAAGUGUAAAGUCAAAUGGACUCAGGAAGAAGAUGAAAAUCUCAAAAUCCUGAUCAGCAACUUUGGGAAAAAAGAUUGGAGAACCAUUGCCAGUUUUUUACCAGGGCGGACAGAAUUCCAGUGUAUGCACCGCUGGAAAAAACACCUGGAUCCUGAUUUAGUCAAAGGCUUCUGGACCAAAGAGGAAGAUGAAAAGAUAGUAGAGCUGGUGGGCACGUAUGGCACCAGACACUGGACUUUGAUUGCCAGACACUUGAAAGGACGGCUGGGGAAACAGUGUCGGGAGCGCUGGCACAACCACCUUGACCCACUGGUCAAAAAGAGCUCCUGGACCAACGAAGAAGACCUCAUCAUCUACAAAGCCCACUCAAUUCUGGGAAACCGGUGGGCUGAGAUUGCCAAGCUGCUCCCUGGAAGGACAGACAACUCUGUGAAGAACCACUGGAACUCCACCAUCAAACGGAAAGUGGAGUUGGGCUUGUACAAAGAUGAAGCUGACAGCAUUUCCCUUGAUAUUCAACAGUUUGUGGAAGGAGAGGUGGACUUCAAGUGUGAUGUUGUAUUAGACACUGAACCAGUGACUCCUAAAGUGGUCAGGCCAGAGAAAGAGAAGAAACAGAAGGAUUGUCAGAAAGCCAAGCAGAGGGCAGUCGUUCCACAUCCACAGACUUCAGCAUCAAGGAGAGAGUUCUCCUCUCCCACUCCGUCCUUGCCCCCAAGUUCGAGUUCGAGUUCCAGUCCCAGUUCCUGCUCAGGUGCUCUAUCAGCAGCCACGCUGGUGGACCAGAAAAAAUUUGCAGAUGCCGCUCUGAGGAUGAUCGCUGAAGACAUGCUGCCACUCAGCUUUGUUGAAGGCGCAGGCUUCAGGUCUUUCAUGAGCACCAUUAACCCUGAAUACAGCAAGCUAUCCCAACGUACCAUGGGCCUGCAGCUCUAUGAUGAUGUGGAGAGAACCAUUAAGCCUCAGCUCAUCCGUGACCUUAAAGGCUGCCUUGCCAGUACCAAAGACGGUGAGAGCGCCAUUCAUGUCACUUUUGACCUCUGGGCUGGGGAUCAGUCCCAACCAACUGAGGAUCCCAUCAUCGUUGUGCAGCUCCACUUUAUCACUGAUUCCUGGCAGAUGCGCCGUCCCAUUGUGGCUUUCCGUCACCUCAGUCACAAAAACCUCAGCGCCACCGUGGCCAGGGAGCUUGAGGGUGUGCUACUCAGCUACGGCAUAUUUCCUCGCAGCAUUGGCUACAUCCUCGCCAACCAGGCCAAAGAAACCCUGGCUGGGAACAACUUGUUCUGUGACUAUAAGAUCAUGUGCUCAUCCAGCAGGGGAGAACCCGAUGGAGAUGAGAUAGUGGCAUUUCUUUCAGACCAGAUGUCAGAUACAGAGUCCCCCUUUUCAGAGCUGCAGAUUGGGACCAGGACCACCUGUGUGGCCAAAACACUUCAGCUGGUGAUCAAGGAGGCAUUGAAGAAUUCCAGGGUAGUGGAGAAUCUGCUCUCACAGGCCCACAAUGUGGUGGCUUUCUUUAGGAGCAGCGCCUACUGGAGUGAGGUUUUGUUGAAGGAGUACAACGUGUCUCUGUGCCCUUCAUCCAGUAAUUGUCGCUGGAAGUCCAUGAUGUUGUCUUUACGCCGUAUGGUGCAGGAGUCCGCUUGGAGCGCCGCCAUGACUCUCCUUGCUCAGGCUCGCAUAGAGGCUAAUGACACAGCCAGUGCCCCACCUCUGGUCAUGGUCAAAAGGGAUCAAGUGACCGACAUCCUGAGUCUCCUUGAGCCGUUUGAGGAGGCCUUAGAGGUCCUGCAAGGAAAUGGUGUGACCAUCUCUUUCAUCAUCCCCUCCCUCAUUGGCCUUGAUAAGACCUUGGAGAGCCGUGCCACCAACUACAUGCACUUCAACAAGGCCCUGCGCACCGGCCUUCACACACACUUCCAAUCCCUGAUUCACCAGAAGGACAUGAUACUAGCUGCUGUGCUCGACCCAAGGAUCAAAAUGCAGCCAUUUUCUGAUGCCAAACUGGAGCACCAGACAGGCUUCCUCAGUCCUCCAUCAAAGCAUCAGGCUCGCACCGUUGUGGAAGCUGCAUUAGCAAACAUGGAAGCCUCAGCAUCUCCCUCUGUGGAAGCAGAUAAAGACCAGACAAACAAGGAGCUGGAGCAGGAUGGCGAAAAGGAGAGCCAAGCCGGCACACUAAUGGAAGCAUCUGACGCCAGCGACGGAGUCAGUGGAAAUGACCUCAAGCGCAAAUCCAUCUUCGACUUCCUCCAGCCGCCUGCAAAGACCAUGAAGGUGUCAGAGCUUGAUGCGUACCUGUCCGAACCACUGUGGGAAAGCAGCUCCAGCGUGCUGUACUGGAAAUCUGCUACUCGGUACCCUGAGCUCCAGGGCAUCGCCAAGAAGCUGCUGGCAGUACCAGCCACCUCAGGGGGCUUCGACCGGCUCUAUCCAAUGGCAGCAUGUAUUAUAAGAGCCAAGAGGAACCGCCUGCCACCUCACACCACAGAGAGAUUGCUGCUAUACAAAAACUCUUUAAAGACAAAGACUGUUAAAAAACCCUGCGGGGUCGUUAAACAGUGAUGGGCCAAGUCACAACUGGGUCGGGUUAUUCUGUCCUUCAUCAAAAGAGCCUCCACACUUAACUUCUCCAUACUCGUCACAUUGCAUUAAACAGAAACUCUUCAUCCUUACUUACAUGAAUUAUGCUUGUACACCCAAUCCACUCAAUUAAAUGAACUUUCAGGGAACAUUAGAUCAAACUAACUGAAUUUAGCAUUAUUUUGACCUUGCAGAAGAAUGCAACAGCAGCAAAAUAUUUUAAAAGUGUAUUGAAAAUAAGGGCGGUGUGCUCAGAGUAUUUCUGUCAACAAAAAAAAACCCACAAGACACAAUACAAUGGCAAGUGUUUAAAGUAACAGGAAGCCUCUCUUUUCCCUUCACACAAAGUAGGUGAACUGCCUUCUCAAAACAAUUUAUAAUAAACAACAAAUGAAGAAUUGGAUGCUUCAAACAGAUCCAUAAAAGAUAAAAGAGCGUGUCUUUCUCUUGAUGCACAAAUUGGAUGUUUGUUUUUUUUCUGCACUCUUCAUCAGGUAAUACAGUCUAAGUGAAUAGUAUGUGUCAGAAAAUGCACUGUAAAUUUUCUAAGCAGUUUGCUCAUUGUAAUUUAUUUGUUUUGUAUGCUGUACACCAAGUGCAGAUGAAAUGUGUUGGGUCACUUGGCAGUAAACUGAAUGAGACUCUGCACCUUUUUUUCAGCUUUUUUUGUAAAAGCCAUGUUUAUUUUAUUAGUCUUUUACAAUUUGUUUAUCGCUCAGUGAUGCAUUAGAGGUGCACCAGCAAAUGGAUUUUUCAAGAGCCUUGAUGAUUUACCAAUUUUUGCUCUUAAAUUAGAUGUAAUAUCUGAUGGGAGCUGGUGGGAAAGGUCACUCGACAUCUUAGUUUGAGUGUAAUAGACUGGUUGGCUUUUAAACAAACCUAAGUUCACAUUGAAUAACAGAUGACUGACUUCAUUGCAGUGAUAAUUGUCCAUAUUGUGCUAAUGAGUCCUUUGACCUCUUGUAUCUCCACAUGGACAUACACAGAGAAUGUACUUAUACUA